AUGGAUAAACAAGUGAUGGGGAUUGCUGUGUCUCUUUCUCUGAACUUUCCAAUCCUCUUACUAGUUCGAAUACCACCACCACCACCACCUAGUGGCAAUGUUAUUAUUCAUCGAAACCGCCCUCCUCCUAUCUUAUCACCCCCAUCUCCACUACUACCGUCACCGCCACCACCAACCCCGCUGCAGGGCUCUGCUAGUGUUAAACCAGGGGCAUCAUCAGAAAUGGAUGUCAAUUCUUGCUUGCUUGCUUUCCUGCUGAUCCAUGCCCUUCUAUUUUCAUCACAAAGUGAUCUCGCAGUCCAGGCUGCUGAAUCUGUUUCUGGCUCAUUCUCGGAUCCAUUUCCUUCACAUGAUCUUUAUAAGUUGAAAGUUGUGUCCAAGAGGACUCAACGACCACCUCUACCAUCACCAAUGAUUCAUGCUCCUUAUCACUUUAAAAGUCCUCCUCCAUUUCCUCCACAACCAUGCCCGCCAUCACCACCACCACCACCACCUUCAUCUCUGUGGCAACCACCUCUGUGA